UCAGUUGUGGUGUAGCUCAGCUAUCACCACAUCAAAUUUGUUGCUGAAUAAACUAAAUUAUCAUUUUGAUUAUGAGAAGAUUAUUUUUCUUAAUUCGAGUUUUGUUUUGGUUUAUUACUGCUAUUCUUUUCUGUGUAUCAUUAUUUCUUAUCGUUGUUAUUGUUAUUUAUUUAAAUGUAACUGAAAUUAUAAGAUCAUUAUGCAUCGAAUAUUAAGUUCUAUAUUAUUUUUAUUUUUACUUACAAGUUUCGUUCAAUGUGGUGUAAACUUUAGACUGGGACGGAGUAAACAUGGGAAUUUAGGAGCACCUGUUGGAGCUGAUAAAGACAGUUUGCCUCCAAACAAAUAUUUCUUGCAGAAAUUGGAUCACUCCAGUCCAACAGACCAGAGAUAUUGGGAACAGCGGUAUUUCGUAAAUGAAAGUUUUUAUGAUUUCAACAAUCCCGGACCGGUUUUUCUGAUGAUUGGUGGCGAAGGUACCGCUGAUCCUCGAUGGAUGGUUAAAGGAACAUGGAUUGAUUAUGCAAUUCAUUUUAAAGCGCUCUGCAUUCUACUGGAACAUCGCUACUAUGGACAAAGUCGGCCAACUAUGGACCUCAGUGUUAAAAACCUUCAAUACUUAUCAUCAUAUCAAGCGCUGGCUGAUUUGGCUUACUUUAUAAAUGCUAUGAAUAAUAAAUACAAGUUCAAUAAAGAUGUUAAAUGGGUGGUAUUUGGAGGUUCAUAUCCUGGUUCUCUGGCGGCUUGGAUGAGACUUAAAUACCCUCAUUUGGUACAUGCCGCUGUCUCUUCUAGUGGACCACUUGUGGCCAAAGUAAAUUUUAUGGAAUAUUUCCAAGUGGUAGUGAAUGCUCUCCGUGAGAAGACUGGCGGUGAAGAAUGCGUCGGGCAAGUGAAGUUGGCUCACAAACAGAUCCAAGAAAUUAUCAAAACUGACCCCGCUACUAUUGAACGAGAGUUUAGAGUUUGCGAACCUUUUUCCAAAGCAUCUCAGAAUGACAUGAAGAACUUUUAUAACUCCAUUGCCGAUGACUUUGCGGAUUUAGUUCAAUAUAAUGAGGAUAAUCGUAUCAGCGGUGACAAGAUGUAUAAGAAUCUUACAAUCAACUCGGUGUGUGAUAUGUUGACGGAGCCAGGUGGUAAACCAGCAUUCAAGAAGCUAGCGGCCUACAAUUCAAUAGUACUGAAUAAAUCCAAUCAAACCUGCUUGGACUACGGUUAUGACAACAUGAUAAAAGAACUGAGGAACAUCAGUUGGGGAUCGGAAGGAGGCCGUCAAUGGAUGUACCAGACCUGCACAGAGUUCGGGUUUUAUCAGACCUCCUCCAGCGAGAUAGAAGUAUUCGGAGACUUCUCACUGGAGUUCUUCAUACAACAGUGCAAGGACGUUUUCGGCAGCAAAUUUAACGAUGCUUUUAUAAACGAUGCGGCCAAAUGGACGAACAGUGACUACGGUGGAUUGAACAUACCGGCUAAGAGAGUUGUGUACGUGCACGGCUCGAUAGACCCAUGGCACGCCCUCGGCAUGACCACCACUGAGGAAAACGACGCUCCAGCUAUAUUCAUUAGAGGUACGGCCCACUGCGCGAACAUGUACCCUGCAAGCAAGAACGAUAAUCCGGGGCUGGUGUCGGCGAGGAUGGAGGUCCGCAGCUACCUGGAGUCCUGGCUCGGGAUGCCCUGACCCACCGGCGUCACGAGGCUCUGAGAGGGGAAGUCCCACGUUAUGUGGGGACGGCGGAUACGCAAACAGAAAUGAACCGACCCUCUCGCAGUCUCAUAUUUAUAUCUCGCUUGAAUCUCGAUGUUGUAAUACAUUUAAUCUUCCGUGUUGUAGUUAUGUAAGCGCGCAUUUAUAAAAAUAUAAUAAUUCUCAAUGACCGGGACUAUGGAGUCUGUACUUGGUUGCGUAUCGAGACUGGAGUCACCAACUGACACUGGAUGGUAGUUCCUCGUGAACUCUUAUAUAUAGGAACUGAAGGGUAUUCGAUUAAGAUGUAGGUCUAAUAAAUUUGUUAUUUUUUUACGAAAUUUUUUCUAUUUUAAGUUUCUACUGAACUUUACAUAUCUACUUUGGCUACACACCAAAGAGGCUAAGGUUGGAACGUAUACAGAAAAUCUUCCCUUACUAUACAUUUUUGUAACUGCGCACUUUUUGUAUGUAAGUAAUAGUUGAUGUAACUUGUGUAACUAAUAUUAAAAAUAUAAUGUUUAAGCGUUGAAAAAUUUCUAAAAUUCGAAUAGGAAUUCUACGUGGUCUCUUAAAAGGACGAAUUAUUAUAGAUGAUGGAAUAUAAAAUAUUCUUUAUAGGUCACGUGUAUUAGAGUUGGCUACUGGUUUGACGGUAUGACAAUCACAACUCUUACACCUAGGGAUAAAAAUACUUUACCUACAUUAUAUACUUAGUACAUUGACGUUUUAAACUAUAAUCUCAUAUAAACGUAUACUCCGUAGUUUAAGCUUGGUACAUACCGUAUGAAACUCUUAGAGUGUAUAAUCGCAUAUUACUUAAUUCGCUUGUGUUGUGUUAACGGUAUGAUGCGACGUUCGUACGCUUUGGUUACUUGGGUUACGGUAUGAUGUAUUUGCUAUGGAAAUUUGAUAUCAACAACACAAGCAUUAGGACUGAAAAUUGUUUGGGACUGAAGUUUUUAUAGGAUAGAAAUUUAUAUCUAUCGUGAUAUGAUGCGUAGAACGUAUAGGUUAUAUUAAAAAAAUGGCUAUAAGUGAUGGGUUUUAGACACAACGCAAGUGAUUAGUCGUAAAUAGUCGUUGUCUUAAAAAUUAUACCCGCCCUAGAGGUCUCUUAAUUAUUUUAUUAUAUCAAAUCUAUAUUCUCCCUAUUUUAUGACUUUACUAUAUUUUUUUCCUGUUUAGAGGUCACUUUAUAUAAUUUUAACAUACUGGGUUGAUAUAUUUAGUUUGUAAGCUUAUAUUAUUUUUUGUGACGACGUUUUAAUCGAUGUAAACAAGUGUAAUGAAUAAAGAAAAAAAAUACAAAAAAAA